GCACGUACAGUGAGGGAAAGAGAGGGCAAGAAACCUACUCCACUCCCGGCCGCGGUGAGUGGGGAACUCUAUGCUGGAGCGAACCAUUGCGUGAGGAAGGGGGGAAUUGUGAGGAGGAGGAGGGCUAUAGGGCGUUUGGUCCUGAAGAUGACACCAGUUGCACGACAAGAAGUUCUUGGCCUUUACCGCAGGAUAUUCAGAAUAGCCAAAAAAUGGCAGUCUGCAUCAGGACAGAUGGAAGACACUAUUAAAGAGAAACAGUACAUUAUAAAUGAAGCCAAAACCUUAUUCCAAAAAAACAAAGAUCUAACAGAUCCAGAGCUGAUUAAACAGUGUAUAGAAGAAUGCAAGGCAAGAGUAGAAGUCGGACUUCACUAUCACAUUCCCUACCCAAGACCUAUUCAUCUGCCUCCUCUGGGUCUCGCCCCACAACGUGGUCGUGCAUUUCGAAACCAAGAAAAGCUGAGGAAGCUUUCCAAGCCGGCCUACUUGAGAUCCUACGAUGAAGUUUCAUAACACACUGUCAAAGUGUGGUGCAUAUUAUCACGAACUGCAGGACAGACGUGUCUCGUGUAUGCAACUGUGAAUGAAACUGUGUGCUUGAUAGUCACUUACACUCUUCCUGAUGCCACAAGCCUAGCUGAUUCAGCAUGUACGAUCAAUAGGGAUGUAUGGGAAGUGUCUUGUAUUUAAGAUUCAACCACUGACAUCAAUAAAAAUAACAGCUUUUAAGGAGUGA